AUGCAGGUGACCGACGUGACGGCGAUCAUCACUGGCGCUGGCCGCGGCCUGGGGCUGGCUUUCACCCGCGCCAUCCUGACAGGAGGCGGCCGAGUGCUCAUGACGGACAUCGACUCUGCCGCCGUUGAAGCUGCAGCGCGUGUCCUGCAGCAAGAGUUCACCGACCGAGUUCACUCUCAACAGCAAGACGUGACCGACUUGGCGUCGUUCGACGCUGCCUUUGACGCUGCCAACCGAGCGUUUCCGUCGCAUCCAGUAAACGUCCUAGUAAACAACGCAGGCAUCGGAAACACGGGGUUCUACACUUCGGACACUGCGUGGACCAACGUCAUUGCCAUCAACACCACCGCCGUCAUUCGAGGCACACAGGUGGGACUGCUGCGCCUAUCGCCGUCUCGAGGACAGCCCGUGGUGGUGAACAUUGCGAGCAUGGCAGGCUUGUACCCGUUGAAGGACUCACCCGACUACUCUGGCAGCAAGGCGGCCGUGGUUGCCUUCUCCCGAGCCGUGGGCAUGAACGUGAACAAGACGAACGUGCGCGUGGUUGCAUUAUGUCCUGGCUUUGCGGACACCCAGAUGGGCCAGGCGGUCCUCACGCACGCGCCCGCGGUGGUCCGCGGCAUCGGAGGGCUCAUGACCCCCGACUUCGUCGCAUCUGCGUUGGUGCUCAGGGCGUUGGCAGAACAAGACAACUCGGGUCAAGUGCUCGUCGUCUCCAAGCGAGGAGUGACGUAUCACGGCCGCAAAUUGCCCGCCAAACUCUAA